GCUGACAGUGAGCCGUGUGACACAGUCGGUCGGUGUUUGGGUUGGAGGAAGCUGCUCGGUGUUCUCCUCGCUGUCGGUCAUGGUUUCUCUGCUGUGCUGCGGGCCCAAGCUGGCCGCCUGCGGGAUCGUGCUGAGCGUGUGGGGGGUCAUCAUGCUGGUGCUGCUGGGAGUUUUCUUCAACGUUCACUCUGCCGUCCUGAUAGAAGACGUCCCGUUCACCGAAGCGGACCUCUUCGAAGAUUCCAACCCUCCCUCCAAGAUGUACGCGUUAUACGAGCAGGUGUCCUAUAACUGCUUCAUCGCCGCCGCCAUCUACGUCGUCCUCGGAGGCUUCUCCUUCUGCCAAGUCCGGCUCAACAAGAGGAAAGAGUACAUGGUGCGUUGAGGAACGUGAGCUGGACCCUUGCCUGAGGAACCAUCAGAACCCCCCCCCUCUCUACAGCAAGCCCAGCAUGCACAGGCAAGGGGCCGUAAAAGAGACAACCCUUCCCUACAACGAGACCA